CUUGUUAGUGGGUGGAGAGAAAGAAGGACAGAGGGGUGGGAGGUGGCAGGAAGCGGAAUCACGAAACUCCCCUCCAGUCUCGGUUUCUUUUCUUCCUUGUCCACCUCCUCUGUCUGUUCAAAAGCCAGAGUAUUCAUUGAUUCUGUUUCCUCCCGAAUCCUCUCCCUGUGCUGCGUGCCCCAGACCAUGGCGCCUCAGUCAGCCAACGCCUCGUCUCUGUCUGUGCAGUGGAAGUUCCUGACCAGUUUGUUGGGAUUACUGAGGAUGUCUCAGAUCGUCCUGGGCACCGUGGUCUGGAUGACCAUCGCCAUCAGCAGGUACGAUGGGGCUUUGCACUUCGUGAUCUUCGUGGCUGUCUUUUUCUGGCUCACCACACUAGCACUGUUCUUCCUGACUCUGCUGUCCAAGAGUGACCUGGUGCCCCUGCUGGGGGGUGAACGCUGGACCCUCAGCAAUGCCCUGCAUGACUGGCUGGCAUCAGUUCUCUACCUGGUGGCCGACUGCCUGAUCAGCAAGAAGACCAUGGACAAGGAGUACUGUGACCUGCCUGCCUACUCCUACCACUGCCCUUACAAAUCCUACCUGAGUGCCACCAUCUUUGCCUGCCUCUGCACUUUGCUGUACAUCAUCUCUGCCAUCUACUGUACCUACAAGAAAUGCCGUGAUGACCAGCCUGUUGUCUAAGAGGGGACAGAGACUUUCUCCAGAGAUUGCAGUUACUUAUUUGGGUUCUGUAUUUAUAUAUAAAAAAAGGGACAACCCUCCCACCUGCAAAACAAAAUCAAUGAUGUGGCCACUUUUAUAUUUCUCCUUCACCCCUGUCAUCUAAAGGGAUCAGAGACUUUCUCCAGAAAUUGCUUUUACUUAUUUUCUGUGUUUUUUCCGUAAAAUAAUUGGACAUCCCUCCCACCUGCAAAACAAAAUCAAUUGAUGCAGCCAAUUUUAUGUUUCUCGUUCCCCCUCUCCUCUCCCAAACAAAAACAGAACUUUGGACCCUUGUUGGAUUACACCAAGAGAUGUGAAAAAAUUCAAAGAGGAAGUUAGAUUGAUAUAGUCAUUACUGCAAUGCAUCGGAAAUGAUCUUUUCUCAUCCUGAAUUGAAGAUGAGCAGAAGUUGAGCGCGGAUUAUUUCCACUUGGAUCUUCAUGAGAAAGGCAACACUGCUCCUGCGUGUGUGUGUGAGAGAGGGAGAGAGAGAGAGAGAGACUGAGAGGGAGUCUUAGGUUGUUGGCCUGUGAAUUCGAUUAUAACUUUCUCCUCCACUUUCUGCGACCCCAGAUCAGCUACAACAUUCCACAAGGAUUUCAGGAGCUGAAUAGAUUUCCUCUCGGCAAUCUGAACUAAACCUCUGUGAGCACUGGUUGCUGGAAAAGGAGGAGGAAGAGAUAGUCUGACUGGUUACCUUUCGGAAUGGCUUGUUGUAACCUGAAAUAUCCCUGUAACAAAAUCACAUUCUGACAAGUACUUCAUUUUGUGGCAUUAGGUAGUUAACACAGCUGUCAUUCUGGGCCGGAAUGUGGAAUUCUGUUUGUAAUUAUUACAGUAUUCAAUGUAUAUGCCAGGUGGGGGUUGAUCCUAAGUCUCACGUCUUUAAUAGCCGGUCUUUAAUGUGUUAGUCAGCCCUGCUGCUUGUCUCUUGAACACUGUGCUGUGAAACGGCUGCAGUCUGAACAACACAAACUUAGACAUGUAUUAGCAGUUUGCUUUGAGGUAGGUUGGGGUUUUACUAAGUAUUAUGCAAAUUUUUAAAACAUAUAUAUUUAUACACUCAAUGCUUUAUGUGCAAUGGUGGAGGUUUUGGAUAUACAGGGCACAGAGGUUACAAAGCAGACAGGAUUUCAGACAAAGAACAUGAAUGAAUUUGGGAAUAAGUGACUGACUUGUGAGGGAGGCAGGAUAAUGGGCUCAGGAAUCAAUAAAAUGUUUCUGGGGGAGAAGAGAAUGAUGGAUGUGUGGGUUUAGGGUAUAUUGUCAGAACAUUGGCAUUUUGGGAUUGAGAAGGUGGGUGGUUGGGGUCAGGAAUUGGAGAAAUUGGAGUGGGAUGGUGGCACAGGGACCUGGGUUUGAUUCCACCCCUGGGCGACUGUCUGUGUUCUCUCCAUGCCUGUGUGUGUUUCCUCUGGGUUUCCUCCCACAGCCUAAAGAUGUGCAGGUUAGGUGGAUUGGCCGUGCUAAAUUGUUCAUAGUGUCCAGGGAUGUGCAGGCUAGGUGGAUUAACAAUAAGAAAUGCAGGGUUCAGGGAUCGGGUAGGGGGUGGGUCCGGCUGGACACUCUUCGGAUGGUGGAUGUGGACUCGAUGGGCCAAAUGGCCUGCUUCCAUACUGUAGGGAUUCUAGGUGGGUUGCUGAGUUUGGGAGAUGAGGAGAAGGUAAGAAAUACUAAGUUCCUAACCCACGCAUCUUCACACAUAUGCUCCUUUCUCAACAGACACCAACUCAGCAUUUUUAACAAUGCCAAUUGGCUCCACAUGAACUCCCUUCCCUGUGGGGAUGAGAUUGUUAGAAGAAAACAUUUACAAAUUUAGUAAAUACUCAUGGGAAUUUCCAAGUACCUUGUAUGAAGUAAGUGCAGGAAUAGAAUCUAAUCGAGGGGUUUGGUGGUUUAUAUAUUGAAUAGCAGAUACCCGGGUGUAAGUUACAGGCUGGAAUCCAACUGAGGGUUUUGUGUUUUCGAACUCUAUUCAUGAAAACCCAAGAUUCUUUCAAUUGAUAAAUUGUGAUUUUAAACAUCGUUAAGAUUAGCAACUGGCACCAGAGUUUGAUUGGUAAGGACAAAUUCUGUAUAAAAAUUGUUCUUUUGGGAAACUCUUGUCACUUUCUGCUCUCAAGUAUUGGAUGUGGCCCUAUUACACGCGAAUAAUACUGCCUUGGACUGCAUUUAUUUAGCACAUUGGUAUCAGGAAGAAAAACCACACUUAAAUCCAGUUGCUCUGAUUCCAUGCACCCUUCUUGUUUCAUCUUCCUGACUCAUGCACCUAUCACUGUCACUCCCCAGUCACCUGUAGCCAUCAUCACCUCUGUGUGGCUUAUUACCAAAAGACAUAGGAGCAGAAAUUAGGCCAUUCAGCCCAUCAAAUUUAUACAAAUCAAUCUGGUCUGAAAGCCAAGUAUCAUUCCCUUUGUGACCAUUUUUCUCAGUUUAAGUGCAUGGUUAUAAGGUUUUGGGAUCCUUUUGCGCAAAUUUAAUUUCUGGCAUCUUCCUCUCUCUGAUAUUUCUAUUCCUUGCAAAAGUCAUCUUCUAAAAUUCCACGGAUUCUGGUAUGAUUCCUUUAGAUUGGAGGGUAGAAAAUGUCACCCCAUUAUUUAAUAAAGAAACAAGAAAAAACCUGGGAACUGCAGACCUGUGAGCCUCACAUCAGUAGUAGGGAAAUUGCUAAAAUCUGUUAUAAAGGCCUUGAUAAAUGGAUAGAAAUGAUCUGAUUGGCACAGUCAGUGCAGAUUUGUGAAUGGAAAAUCAUGUUUGACAAAUCUGUUGGAGUUUUCUGAGGAUGUUGCUCACAAACCUGAUAAAGGGCAGUUGAUGAACUUGUAUUUCCAUAAGGCUUCUGAUAAGGUCCCCAACAGGAGAUUGGUUAGAAAGAUUAAAGCACAUGGGAUAGGUAGUAAUGUAGUUGCAUGUAUUACUGAUUGGUAACAGGCAGAAACUUCAAGUAGGUGAAAAUAGAUCAUUCUCGCAUUAGCGCAUAGUGACCACUGGAGUAAUGUAAGGAUCAAUACUGUGCCCCAGUUGUUCACAAUAUAUGUCAAGGAUUUGGAUGAAAGGAUCAAAUAUAAUAUUUAUAAAUUUGCAGAUGAUACAAGGCCAGGCAGGAAUGUGUGUUCUGAGGAAGAUGUAGAGCGGUUUCAGGUGGAUUUGGAGAAAUCUAGUGAUUUGGCAAGACAGUGGCAGAUGGAACAUAACGUGAAAAAAUACGAAAUUAUGCACUUUGGUAGGAAGAGGAGAUGUGCAUAGUAUUUAUUAAAUGGUAAAACGUUGAAUAUGUAGGUGUGCAAAGGAACCUGGAUAUCCUUGUCAGUAACACUGAAGGUGCAGGAAGAUAUUAUGAAGGCUAAUGGACUGUUAGGCUUUAUUGCAAGAGGAUUUGAGUACAGGAGUCUUGCUUCAAUUAUAUACAAGCUUGGUUAGACCCCCACCUUGAAUGCAGUGUGCAGUUUGGUCUCCGUACCUUAGGAAGGAUAUUAUUUCCUUAGAAGGUGUGCAACGAAUGUUCACCAGAUUUGUUAUUAAGAUGGUGGAAUGGUCCAAUGAAGAGAGAUUGGGCCUAUAUUCUCCAGAGUUUCAAACAAUGAGAGGUGAUCCCAUUUAAACUUACAACAUAUUUUAAAAGCAUAGACAGUGUAGUUGCAGGUAAGAGUGGGGAGUCUAAAUUCAGGGGGCCCAACUUAAUAGUAAGGAUGUUGCCGUUUCGGACCAAGGUGAAGAGAAAAUGCUUUACUCAGAAGUUUGUGAAUCUUGGAAUUCUCUAUGUCAGUGGCCUGGGUAAGUUCAAUCUUUCAGUAUGUUUAAAGUAGAAGCCAAUGAAUUUCUGAUUACCAAUGAUGUAAAGGGUUAUGGGGAUAGUGUAGGUAAAAUGCAUUGAUGGGUCAGUCAGCACUGAUUUUAAUCAGCGGUGUAGCAUUCUCAAUGGGCUGAAUAGCCUACACCUGCUCCUCUGUUCCAACUUCUCAGGGCCUUCACUAGGUUGAAUUGUUUGAAAGUCUCUUUCACUCUUGACCAAUCAAAUGGGGUUGAGGUAGAGUAGAGGGGAAGACCUUCAUAUAUGGUUGGGUCAAAUUUUUGGUUUCCUCCUUCCCUGGUUUCUCAAUAACGAACCUCUGUCUUCCCAGAUUGUUUGGUGCAUUGUUGGAAACAUGCAGAGGGUGGACCACAACUUGCCAACUGGCCCACUUUGCCUUUACUGUUUGCUCGGGUCAGGGUUUGGGAAGUCUUCCCUUCCUUGCACCCACCUGGGUUUCACGGUCAUUCUCAUUGGUGUAACAAUACGGUAACAUGAUUCAUAGAGUUCUGUUUUGUUACAGAGCUGUGGAAUCAUGCAGGACUGAAAGAGACCAUUUGGCCCUUGGCAUCCAUGCUAGCUGUCUGAAAGACCUAUCAAAUUUUCUCCCCUGCUCUUUCCAACUAUUUAUGCUUUUAAAAGUUAAAUACAAUGUUAAUAAUCAAUUGUACUAAGAUGGGAACAUCUUCGGGCACCAAGUUCCUUUUUAUCACUGUCUCCUUGACAUAGGAAACUUGCAUCUCCUUGAGUUUAUGUUUUUAAUAGGCUAGUCUGACUUAUAACUCUUGAUUGCAUUGUUGGAUAAGCAUUGGAUUAUAAUGCUCUUAGCAGGAACAUAGAUUUGUUAGGGCUACAGGUCCUGCAUAGUAAUGGAUAAUAUUAAUCUUUACAAGGAAUCUGGGGUAAUUUUAUAAGUGCAUACGGAUAUUGUAGGUUUCAUAUCAAGAUUAUCAGCGAUUGAGAAAGUCAGAGACAGAGGCUGAUGAUGGUGCCACAGGCCAAGCAAGACAGAAAUUUAAUUCUAUUCCUCCCUAUUCAUGCUUCACCCUCACGCAAGGUGGCGUCUCCAAAUGGGGGUAUUCCUGGAAGGCUUUAUCACUUGACCUUUGAAUAACCCUUUCACCCUCCCUUCAGACAUUGGUCUAUCUACAGUGCUCCUCCUUGUCAAUUGAAAUGGGUUCAUGCUCUGGUUGGAUGGAUAAUGACUGUCGGUCAAACAGCCAUUUAUUUACACAUUUCCAACUUUUUUUCCAGUUAACAUAAAAGUUGAUAAAAAUAUGGAACAACCUUUUGUUUAGUAGCUCUUACAAUUUUCUCUUUUCUGAAGUACUGCCAUGGGCAGUGUCUUAGAGACACAUGUUCCUAUGGGACCUCCAGGACCAAAAGGAGUUUAAUAUGUUCACUUGAGUCAUUACUGGUUGAAAGGCUUAACUUCUGAAGAAAGGUUGAACAGUUUGAGUAUAUCCAUUGGAGUUUAGAAGAAUAGGAGGUCAUUGUAAUAAUACUUAUCAGAUCAUGAUGGGACCAAACAAAGUAGAUUCAGAGAUAGUAGGAACUGCAGAUGCUGGAGAAUCUGAGAUAACAAGGUGUAGAGCUGGAUGAACACAGCAGGCCAAGCAGCAUCAGAGGAGCAGGAAGGCUGACGUUUCGGGCCUAGACCCUUUUCCCUUGUGAGAGAGACUGCAGUUAGAGGACACACAGUUUAAGAACAAGAAGACCCACUUUUAAGGUGGAGAUGAGGAGCAAUGUUCCCUCUCAGAGGGUAGCUGGUCUGUAAAAUGCUCUUCCCAACAAAACAGCUGUGGUUAGGUCAUUGAUUUUAUUCAAAACUACUUGAGAGAAAUUUUUUGAUAGGGAAGGCAGUCAAGGGUUAUGGGGUGCAGACAAGCAUUUGGAGUUGAGACCACAAUAUGGUCAAUUAUGAUUUUAUUAAAUGGUGGCGCAGGCUGAAAGAGCUAAAUGGUCAACUCCUGCUCCUAAGUCCUGUGUUCCAAUGAUGUCUUGGUACUGUAGUAUUUUGGGGAAUGUUUGCAAUGCGUCUUCCAUGUAUUAUAUAUUGCUCUUUACAUUCAUUACCUGGUGCCGGUAGGUUAGGUUUUAACUGUAUUCUUGGAUAUCAUGUACACACGUGACUAAGUGUUAUUAUAUUUCUUACUAUUAUUAAUAAGCUGUUUGCCUUUAUGAUAUUUUUAACAGUGACUGUUUGUUUUAUACUGUAAUGGCCCACCUUUGCAUACUAAACCAAAGAGAUUUUGAGUAAACUGAAUUUCUCAU